AUGGCUAUUGCAAGGUUUCUGUAUGACAAUUGCAUUCCUUUUAAUGUAGUGAAUUCAGUGUACUACCAAAUGAUGAUUGAUGCCAUAGCUGCUGCUGGUCCUGGUUACAAAGGUCCAUCUUAUCAUACUGUACGGGUCCCUUUGUUAAGGGAUAAUAAGAAAGAAGUUCAGUUGUUGGUUGAGUCACAACGUAGGCAUUGGGCAGAAGUUGGAUGUACACUUAUGGCUGAUGGUUGGACAGAUACUAGACAUAGGUCAUUGAUUAAUUUCCUUGUUUAUUGUCCUAGGGGAAUGGUAUUUGUAAAAUCAGUUGAUGCCUCAGAUAUUGUGAAGAAUACCAGAAACUUGUUUAAAUUGUUUGAUGAAGUAGUUACAUGGGUUGGUCCAAAAAACAUAGUUCACUUGGUUACUGAUAAUGCUUCCAACUAUGUAUCUGCUGGUAAAUUGUUGUGUGAAAAGUAUAAAACUAUUAGUUGGUCUCCUUGUGCAGUACAUUGUCUGAAUCUUGUGUUGCAGGAUAUGGGGGAGAUGUCUCAUGUGGAGAGACUAAAAAAUCGUGCAACCAAAGUUACAGUUUUUGUUUAUAAUCAUGUAGCUUUGAUUGCUUGGUUGAGGAAGAGACCUGGUUGGACAGAUAUUGUACGUGCAGGAGCAACAAGAUUUGCUACUACCUUCCUUUCAUUUGGAAGCCUUCAUGUGCAUAAGCAUGACUUGCAAGCCUUAGUGACUAGCAAGUUCUUUGUGGACAAUAGAUUGGCAAGAGGGUCAAAGACAAAAGAAGUAGUUUCUAUCAUAUUGGAUAAUUCUUUUUGGGAUGAUAUUAAUGUUCUUGUCAAGAUUUCAUCACCACUCAUUCGUUUGUUACGGAUUGUUGAUUCUGAUCAAAGGCCUGCAAUAGGAUAUGUGUAUGAGGGCAUGCAUAGAGCACGGUUGGGAAUCAAGAAGAUCUUCCGAAUGAAGAAGCACUUGUACAAGCCAUACACCUCAAUUAUAAAAAACCGUUGGGACAAGCAUUUGCGUAAAGAUCUUCAUGCUGCUGCAUAUUGGUUAAAUCCCGCUUUUCAAUAUGAUGAGGAGAAUUUUUGUCGGAAACCAGCAGUAAAUAUGGCUAUUUUGGACUACAUUGGGACAAAAUAUGAUGGUGAUCAAGAAAAGGUAAUUAGGGAAACCCAAUAUUUUCGGGACAGUAUUGGGAGCUUUGAUAGAGAUCUUGCAUUGUCAACAAGCAAGACCACUCAUCCAGAUGAAUGGUGGAAGUUGUGGGGUGCUGAUGCUCCAAACUUGCAAAAAUUGGCAAUUAGAAUCCUUAGCCAAACUUCCGCCUCUUCUGGAUGUGAGCGUUGUUGGAGUUUAUUUGAUCAAAUACAUUCUAAGAGGAGAAAUAGGUUGGAGCAUCAAAGGCUCAAUGAUCUUGUAUUUGUUAAUUGUUAG